AGAAGAUAGGCUAAUUUAAAAAGAGAGAGGAUCAAACCCGUGAGGUGCUCAAGCAAGGAUUUUGAGAUUUCAGAUGGAAAUUUAAUAUGAACGCCUAGAGAUAUGGUGGGGAUGACUUUUUCCGUAACCGCAAUUUUGGUAUCCACCUUGUGUCCGGCUACAGGUAGGUACGUAGCGUAGGAACCUAUAUAUAUAAGAGGAUAGCAACAUUACAAACAAACACCGAUUGAGUUGGUUAUCCGCGGAGAUUCCGUGUCUCGCACACUUCGCAGUUAUACUAGAUCGUCGUCGUAUAUCGUCUUCAAUAACGUAGCCCGACUCUAGAACAGUCCGCAUAAUAAUUUCUUAGUAAUUCGUGUCGUACGCCGUCAAAACCAAAUAUAGUGCAAUGGAAACGGCCGGUGGUAUAGCCGAAACAUUUAGAAAUGGGACGUUCUUAGUUACGGGGAGUACGGGAUUUUUGGGGAAAAUACUCACGGAAAAAUUACUCAGGUCUUGUCCCGUGAAAAAUAUCGCGAUUCUCGUGAGGAGUAAAAAAGGAUUCGACGCCAGUCAGAGGGUUGCAGAUAUCUAUAAACAAGCUCUUUUCGACCGACUUCGUGAUGAAAAACCCGAUUUUAUGGACUACAUCAAAGUCAUAGAUGGGAACAUCGAAGAAGAAUCGUUGGGUUUAUCGACAGCAGAUCGUAACUGGAUCGUGGAAAAUGUGAAUUUUGUUUUUCAUUGCGCAGCUACGAUCAAAUUCAACGAAGCCCUGGAGUUGGCGACCAAAAUAAACAUCCAAGGAACCAACAACCUGUUGACAUUAGCUGCGCAGAUGAAAAAUCUUAAGGGUUUUGUGCACGUGUCGACGGCAUAUUCACACUGUCCAAGGAAAGAGAUUAGAGAACAAUAUUACCCGACUCCGGUCACGGCCAAGGAGCUAAAAAAUAUGCUGGGGUCAGACGAACUGUCCGAAUCUAAGAUUUUAGAAAAUUGGCCGAACACGUACACUUUUACAAAAGCAAUCACGGAAGAUAUGAUAUCGACAAAUGAAAACCGUUUGCCCAUUUCCAUUUUUCGUCCAUCGAUUAUCGGAUGCACGAAGUCCGAACCGGAACCAGGAUGGUUGGAAAACAUGAACGGACCCACAGGAAUAUUAACAGGUGUCAUGGUCGGAUUCUUGAGAACGAUCAACCUCGCCAUAGACAAAGUAACCGAUAUAAUCCCAGCAGAUUAUACUGCCAACGCACUGAUCAGUGUUAUGUGGGAUACCGUAAAAAGGCAUCAAGACUGCGAUUACACAAAAUAUGAACAACCAAAAAUCUACAAUUACGUUUCAAGUGCUGAUAGCCCGUUAACAUGGAACAAAUAUAUUGAAGGAAUGACUGAACAUUACAAUGUGUCACCACCUUUGCGGUCAAUGUGGUACGGGUUUUUCAUUGUGUACACCAACUUGUGGAUCGGCAUGGUUUUGAAAUUUCUCCUGCACCGGAUACCGGCAGCAUUUGUUGACUUUUUGUUAAUCAUAAGCGGAAAAAGUCCCAAAAUGUUGAAAAUGUAUGCGAAAACAGAAUUUAUGACGGGUUUACUUCACGUGUUUACUACGAACCAAUGGAAAUUUGACAAUAGCAAUACCGUCAAACUGUUAUCGUCACUAAGCAUAGAAGACCGCAACCAAUUUGAGUUCGGCAUGGUCAAUUUUGACUGGAAAUCAUAUACAAAAAGCUAUUACUACGGGAUUAGAAAACACAUACUGCAAGAAGAAAUUACUAACCUGGACAAAGCGAUAUCUAAAAACUGGAAGUUGUUCUGGUUGCAUAAGUUGUGCAUCGUUCUAUUUUUCUAUUCCAUAUUACAAUUGUGUUGGACGUGUAUAAGAUAUAUAAUAUAUAUGUACAUUUUAAAUUAAAUAUAAUAUUAUUAUGAAUGCAUGUGAUAUAAUCAUCAACCCGAUAUUUUUUAAGAAAACAUCAAUAUUUUUUCUGUACCUACCUACUAUUGUAAUUCGUGUAUAAUUACACUAUAGGCAUAUUAUUUAUUUACGUGUACCUAAUGUAUUAUAAUUAUUUUUA